AGUGCUUGGGGCCGGUUCCGGAAUGGUGGCUCAGACCUGCAGAAGGUGGCAGCGGAACAUGAGGGAGAUAAUUAUCAUAAAGGAAUAAUCAUCUCUGCCAAUGUGACCAAGGCACAAAUUCCACUUUUGUUGGUUCAUUCCUGUCUUCUGGGAACAAUGGUGAAGUAUUUUCUAGGUCUAAAUGACCUGAAGAGUUCAUGGGACCAAGUAUUUGCUGCAUUUUGGCAGCGUUAUCCAAAUCCAUACAGCAAGCACGUCCUGACAGAGGACAUCAUCCACCGUGAGGUAACUCCUGACAAGGUGCUUACCCGACGACUGCUGACCAAGACAGGCAUAGUGCCUCGGUGGGCAGAACGAUUGUUUCCUACAAAUGUUGCCCACUCAGCCUUCGUUCUAGAAGAUUCAGUAGUGGAUUUAAAACACAAAACAUUAACUACACUUACGUGGAACAUCAACCAUGCACGGUUUAUGGUAGUAAGGGAGUGGUGUGUAUAUGGGAUACAUCCUGAAAAUAAAAACUGGACUCAAAUCAAACGUGAGGCCUGGAUUUCUUCAAACUUGUACGGGUUCUCUUUAGCCAUUCAGGAAUGUGGGCUUGCCAGCUUUAAGAGUAGCAUAACCAAAACUAUGAAAGGUUUUGAGUAUGUUCUAGCUAGAAUGCAAGGUGAUGCACCCAUCAAGACAUUGAGGGAGACAGCCAGAGAAGCAACUGAGAAGGCUAAAGAAACAGCCCUAGCAGCUACAGAGAAAGCGAAGGAUAUGGCCAGCAAAGCAGGAUCGCAGAAGAAACAGCAUUAUGUUUAACACCCUUGCUUUUGCCCUUCAGUUGGUGAUAUCUGUCUAUUUGACUGUACUUGACAAAAGUUCUAUACAGUAACAACGUGAGACGUGUGCACCAUUUCCCACAGCUGAAAUGCUUUGCCCUACAAAGCGGUAAAGUAAGCAGUCAAACAUUAAGCUCUAAACUUAUUUUCAGUUGUAAUUUUCCAGAGACUUUGUGAAGAACUAUUGAUACAAUCCCACAGAUCAAACAGUGAACCCUAUGAAGGCUGCCAUCAGCAAAAGGUCAAGUAUUUAUAAUGGGCAAUGAAAUUAAUUUUUUUUCUAAAAUGGCAAAGUAUUUCAAGGUUGAAUUUUGGCAUAUUUUAAAUUCUCAAGGGAACAUUAGAGCAAUUAGGGAUUGAUAGUUCAUGCUGCUUAUCAGCAGCAGUCAAUCCUAAGAAAGAUUAGAAUAAAUGCUUCUGUCCCUGGACGAACACAGCAAGCUGUUCAGUUUGUAGAAUUGUAUUUGAAAAUCCUGUAGAAAUAUUGCCAGAGGUAAAUAUAGUAAACAGUGUGAUCUUUUGUACUGAAAAUGGCCCUGCUUUAUUCUACUUAGACUGUUUUAGUUAGACCUUUCUUAACUGCUGUGUGGGAUAGCUACAUGACGCAAGUACAGUUAUGAUAAUUCAUAAACAAAAACACCAGGGAAUAUGGUGUAGGCUGGUAAAACAGCUAAGGUUGUCCCCAUGCACCACAUGGAUUAUAAAUUAUUUUGUGGACUGCAGGAGAAAUGAGCAUGAGAAAAUGAAAUCUAGAUCAUGUAUUGAAAUAUCUGCUGAAUCUUUACAGAAUCUUAACUGAUGGAUGAUUUGAGAAAAAACACAAUUUUAAUUUUAGGGAUUCAGGGGUGGAAAUGCAAAUAGAUCUGCCUGAAAAGCUAUCUGUCUAGAAACUGCCCUAAUCUCUCAUGGUGAUCAGUUAAAUUGGUUACCUGCACCAGAUAACCAUUUGAACGUUACCAAUGUGUUAACAACAUAUUUAUUUGCUCUAUUGUAAUCACUGGGAAAUGGCAGUCAUGCAAUGACAUGUUCAUUGUUUUUCUGUGCAUCAAGGUACUAAAUAAUCCCAUCAAAUUCACCUUCAUAUAAAGUUUCUCAAAAUAAUACCGUGGAUAUCCUUGGUCAAUUUUGGCACCAGUACUUUAUUUCUGUUGAUUUUUUUUAAAAACAUGUUUUGUUCCUUCUUUCUGCAUGAAUGCUGUUUCCUUGCAGGACAAGGUAGAUAGUUUGAAUUUUGGCAUCUCCAUUUGCCAUCUUUGGCAAUGUAUUAGGGAACGACUGCAUUUAGUUUAACAGUCUACAAAACCCAAUGUCAGGUUAACACAUGCCAGUGAAUAUAAAAUGCCAGUCAGAUGAGAAUCCCAUGGCAUUUACUGAUUAAAAAUGACUAUCAAGUGAGUAAUGUGAUCCAAAAUUUUACAGUUGUAAUGGUGAAAUUGCCAGUAUUGACCGUCGUUAUAACUGAAGCUGACAGCAACUUGCAGUAUCUGCAGCAGAAGAAUAGAAACAACGGUCAGUGAUUUCUUGCUUCUCCACAAGGGGCACUGAUGAAGUUCUUACAGAUGGACAUGUAAGAAAUACUAGCAUUGAUGUGAACUUCCAUUUUUUACAGAUUAUAGUCGCCCUGGAAAAAACCUAGUGAAGGUGUCACCUUGGUGAACAAGAUGGCAACUGGGUUUUGAAACAGCAUAAGUUCAUAAGUAAUGCUGAAGAAUCUCUCAUCCUAAUUAUUUUAAUUUCAAAUUUCUUUGAAAAUUAUUUUAUGGAUUUUUAAAAGUUAAUGUUUCAAUAUACAACAGAGUUCCAAUCUCUCCGCUCUUUAUAAAAUAAGAGUUAAGGACAAUCAAUGCUUUUUACUUUGCUUCCCCAUCUGAAAAUUUGUCGAUGUAUGUGGUUUGAUGUCAUUGCUGAAUGUCAGCUAUUUGUAUAUUGCUUAGGAGAGUUGAAUUCAUCUUGGGAAAGUUUUAAGUUCAUGGUCAAAAUCACAAAGGUGUUCUUUAAAGCUAGUGAAUACCAUCUCUUCCAUGCUGACUGCAAAAUCCACAUCAAUGUUUUCUGUAUGGUGGCACAAUGUUAGUAGUACAAUAACAUUGCCUGCUCACUGGUUGAGUAGGAAGAAAGGGGAGGAAAGUUGUGUUUUAUUAAUGAGUUUUGACUUAAGUUACUGUAAUGUUUUUAAAAAUUGAUCACUUCAAUAGGUAGUCGCAACCUACUCCCAGAUUAGUUUUCUUCAGUUGGUUGGCCAGCUAUGUGAUGUUAAAAUAAGUACUGUAAACCUGUGUUUUUUAAAUCAAAGUUUAGCUUUUAAUGGUUAGAACAAACUGUGAAACAUGCAAAUAUGCUGUUGUUUACAUUGCAGAUUACACCUGCAUUUAUUCAUACAAUAAAGAUAAUUGGUCCAAAACUCA